AUGCAGCAGCCGGCCAUGCCGCCGCCAUUCUCGCCUGCCGCGGGGACGGCCGCCGCGGCUGGCCAGCACGCCACGCCCAUCAGCAGCCGCCCGCCGCCGGAGUCGCAGCAGCAGCAGCAGCAGCAGCAGCAUCAAGUCGACGAGGUCGGCGGCGGCUCGGCUUCCGCCGGCAGCAGCUUCGUCGUUGACCACGACGGCGGCGGCGCCUCCGCGGACGGCGACGACGGCGAGCGCAACGGGCCGUCCGGCGGCAACCGGUGGCCGCGGCAGGAGACGCUGGCGCUGCUCAAGAUCCGCUCCGAGAUGGACGCCGCGUUCCGGGAGGCCGCCCUCAAGGGACCCCUCUGGGAGCAAGUCGCCAGGAAGCUGGAGGCCAUGGGCUACAAGCGGAGCGCCAAGAAGUGCCGCGAGAAGUUCGAGAACGUCGACAAGUACUACAAGCGCACCAAGGACGGCCGCGCCGGCCGCGCCGACGGCAAGGCCUACCGCUUCUUCUCCGAGCUCGAGGCUCUCCACGGUGCCUCCUCGCCGGCGGCGCCGCACCCGCCGGUGGUGGUAUCUCUUGCGCCGACGCCUGUGGCCGUGGCGCCACGGGCCACGGCCCUUGUGGGAGCGCCUACCAUGGUGCCGGCCACCUUGCAUGCCGAGCCACCGCCACUGACGCCGCCGCAGCCUCGUGUCGUUGCCGCAGUGCCGCAGCCGGCUCCGACGACGGGGACUGGCAGUGCCACUGCUACAACCGCGCCCCCUGCAGUCGCCGCCAGCGACGCGGCGACGGCAUGCAUGAUGACGCCUGGUGACGUCAGCUUUUCCUCGGGCUCGGACGGGGAGGACACGGAGGAAACCGGCGGCGGCGGCGACGGCGGGAAGCGGAAGCGGGACGACGGGGACGGUGACGGCAGCAGCGGCAGCAAGAUGAUGCGGUUCUUCGAGGGACUGAUGCGGCAGGUGAUGGAGCGGCAGGAGGAGAUGCAGCGGCGGUUCAUCGAGGCCAUCGAGCGGCGGGAGCAGGACCGGAUGAUCCGCGAGGAGGCGUGGCGGCUGCAGGAGGUGGCGCGCCUCGCCCGCGAGCACGACGCGCUCGCCCAGGAACGCACCAUGGCCGCGUCACGCGACGCCGCCGUCGUCUCCUUCAUACAGCGGGUCACCGGCCAGACCAUCUCGAUGCCCAUGCCCUCCUCCGUCGCGCCUCCGCUGGCCUUCAUCACCGCGCUGACGCAUACGCCGCCGCCCUUGCAGCCCACGCCGGUCGCUUCCGCUGCACCGGCGCAGCCACCUCCGCCUCCAGCUCAUCAGCUGUCACCCACCACACCGAAACCGCACACAACAAUGCCGAUGACGGCACAGGUACAUCCACAUCAGGCGCCGUCGCCGGUGACGCAUCCACAGGGCAAUAAAGAUAUCGUCCUCCGCGCGCCGCCGGCGGCGGAGUCGCAGGACACGGCGGGGUCCGGUGGCGGCGCGCCGUCGCCGUCGAGGUGGCCCAAGGCGGAGGUGCACGCGCUGAUCAAGCUGCGCACAGAGCUGGAGACUCGGUACCAGGACUCCGGGCCCAAGGGCCCGCCUUGGGAGGACAUCUCGUCGGGGAUGCGGCGGCUCGGGUACAACCGGAGCGCCAAGCGCUGCAAGGAGAAGUGGGAGAACAUCAACAAGUACUUCAAGAAGGUGAAGGAGAGCAACAAGAAGAGACCCGAGGACUCCAAGACCUGCCCCUACUACCACCAGCUCGAUGCGCUCUACCGCACUCCGGCGGCGGCACCGCCACGCCCGGAUCUGCAGGCUGCUGCGGCGCCCGUCACCGUGCUGGCCGCGGUGCCGCUGUCCCAGACGGCGCCUCACGGCAACGGCAACGGGAAUGGGUGCGCGAGCAGGGGCAGCUCGGACAAUGGCGGCGGCAGCUCCGGGGGCAUGCAGAAGCAGCAGGCGAGCAAUGGCGCCGGUGGCAAUGGCGUUGUUGCGACGAACAAGCGAGAAGAAGGCAUCAUCAUGAGGAAGGUGACGACGGCGGAGGCGGAGACGAGGCCGCAGCCGGUGUCGAUGAACGACAGCUACGUGAACGACGACGCCGUGGACAGCGACAGCAGCAUGGACGACGACGACUUUGACGACGAGGAGGAGGAGGGCGACGUUCCCGGAGGCGGCGGCUGCAACAGCAAAGUGCAGUACGAGAUCCAGUUCCAGCGGCAGCAGCAGAACAACCAGAGCGGCGGCGGCGUCCGGCCCAACGCGAGCGGUGGCGCCGGCGCCGGCCCGGCAGCGACAACAAGUGGGUCUUUCUUGACCAUGGUCCAUCACUAG